GGCCAAAAAAGGAAGAGGGAGGGGAGAUGAAGCGUGCGCGACUGUUUCACCCGCUGCGUUCGUGGGAGAUGGGCGAAAACCAGCGAGGAGAAGCGCUCAAACGGCCUUCGGAAUCAUGGACACAGGUCAGCAGAGCAAAAUCAUUUAUUCCUGGUAUGGAAAGCCCAUGAGCUCAGACAGAAAGCUGAGGACUCUGCAGUACAAAGGAAUUCUUAUCAAAUCGGAGAGAAGCAAAACACAAAGAUGUAUACAGCUUGGUGACUUUGUUCUAAUAGAAGGGGAGAAUGCAGAUCAACCUUUUGUGGCACAACUCCUGGAUUUGUACGAAGAUGGCGCUCAGCAGAAGCAUGCAGUUGUGCAGUGGUUCACUCACAUUACAGAGGUACCUAAGAAUAAGCAGAAACUGCUUAAAAGAAGGAUUUCUUCCCAGGAAGUGUUUUUUGAUCUAGUUUCUGGCUAUGACACUGACAUAGCUGUGGAGACUAUCAUCGAAAGUGUGCUGGUAAUACCACUGCGUCUGAAGGAUGAACUACCUACUAGAUUAAAAAAGGAGAAAAUCUUCUACGUGAAACAGUCUUGGGAUGGGAAAUGCUUUAGGGUUUUGUCCCCAGACACGUUCUCUAUGCUGAAUGAAGCUAACAAGAAAGGAGAUGGCAUCCCAAACUCUUCCAGCUCUUUUGUUCCUUCGGAGAUCACUUCCUCUGCGAAAAAAGAGACCAAGAAGGUUGCUUGGAGUGCCCCAAAAACAAAAAAUGUUGAGAUGGAAAUAGAAUCAAAACAUUCUGCUUCUAAGUCUUCCCUUUCUAAGAAGAGACAUUCGCUAAGAAUAGAUAAUGGCACCAAAAAUCCAACUGCAAGAAAGAAGUUAGAUUUGAGCAGUCCCACAAGAUCUUCAAAAGGCAAACUCCUGGAAGAGGAUGUUUUGGAACUUUUAGAUGAUGUCUAUGAUUCUCAACUGUUAAAGCCAACAGCUAUUAAAAGAAAAGUGAAAUUCACUGAAAUUCUAAGCUCGCCACCAAAAAUAGCUUGUGCCAAUGAUAAGCUGGAGUCAGUGUUUGGUACAGCAGAGCACCGGGAGAUGUUUAGUGAUACGCUAAGACUGUCCCCUUAUAGGAAGGUUGAAGACUCCAAUGAGAAAGUCAAGAAUCUUAAUAUGGAAGAUGAUGCUAUAGUCUUAACUGGACAUAAGGAGCUGGGGAGUCAGAGCCCAGCGGUGACCCCUCGUUCUCGUAGGAAGUGUACACAGGAGACAAGCACUCGCAUUGCAGAACAAAUCAGCUUAUUAAACAUGCUAGAAUCAAAGGAGGCAGAGGAUUUUCUGUCUAGCUCGGAUGGUUCUUACUCCUCAAGUAGUGAGGAAGAAGAUAGUGAUGUGGGCUGCACACCGGAGAAGAAAACCAAAUUGAGCAGAAUGUUCAGCACCCCAAAAUCUUCAAGGAAGCCUUCAGUUCACACUCCUGCCAAGACCCCAAGGAAAACACCCUUACUGGGAACACCCAGGACACCCCGGAAUGCAACUCCUGAAAUUCCCAGGCGCAGCCAUGCAGCACAGAAACCAACCAGUGUACUGGAAGAAGCCAGAUUAAGGCUGCACGUUUCUGCUGUCCCAGAGUCUUUGCCCUGUCGUGAGGAAGAAUUCCAGGAUAUCUAUAACUUUGUGGAAAGCAAACUUAUUGAUGGCACAGGAGGGUGUAUGUAUAUUUCUGGAGUGCCUGGAACAGGUAAAACUGCAACUGUUCAUGAAGUGAUUCGCUGUCUUCAGCGAGCUACAGAAGAUGAUGACCUACCAUCAUUCCAGUUCAUAGAGAUCAAUGGCAUGAAGCUUACUGAUCCUCACCAAGCUUAUGUGCAGAUUCUGGAGUUACUGACAGGUCAGAAGGUGACAGCAGCUCAUGCUGCAGUGCUGUUGGCAAAACUGUUCUGCACACCUGGACCAAAGAGGAAGACCACAGUGCUGGUAGUGGAUGAGCUUGAUCUUCUGUGGACCCGAAAGCAGAAUGUGAUGUACAACUUAUUUGACUGGCCGACUCAAAAGCACUCCAAGUUAAUCAUCCUGGCCAUUGCUAACACCAUGGACUUGCCAGAGAGAAUAAUGAUGAACAGAGUAUCCAGCAGGCUGGGUCUCACCAGAAUGUCCUUUCAGCCUUACACCUACAAACAGCUACAGCAAAUUAUUUCGUCUAGACUGAACAGUGUGAAGGCAUUUGAGGAGGAUGCAAUUCAGCUAGUUUCCAGAAAGGUAGCAGCACUGUCUGGUGAUGCAAGGCGUUGCCUUGAUAUCUGCAGAAGGGCUGCUGAGAUCUGUGAGUUUUCUAGCCAAAAGAGUUCUCAUGAGAUAGUCAGGAUGACCCACAUAACACAAGCCAUAGAUGAAAUGUUCUCAUCACCGUACAUAAAGGCAAUCAGGAAUGCCUCAAUGCACGAACAAAUCUUUUUUAAAGCAAUUUUAGCAGAGUUUCGUCAGGCGGGAGUUGAGGAGGCAACAGUUCAACAGGUCUAUCAUCAACACAUAUCACUGUGCAGAAUGGAGGGCAUGCAGAGCCCAACAGUGUCAGACAUCUUGGCCAUUUGUGCCAGGCUCGGUGCCUGCAGGCUGCUGCUGCUGGAGUCCAGCAAUAAAUACCUUCACAUGCGUGUGCGCCUCAACAUCAGCCAGGAUGAUGUCAUGUAUGCACUCAAGGAUGACUAAGGCAAUAGAGAUUUUAUUUCUAUAUAUGUACAAAUAUUUUAAAGAUGGUCUAUUUUAUUUUUUUUAAGUACUGAUAAAAUAGUAGGUUGUAUUUUUAAAU